AUGAAGGAGGCUUCCGAUCCGCAGUCCCAAUCGCAUGGCGACACCCAUCGCUCGUUGAGACGACCGGCUAUCAGCCCGAUCUCCCCAACGUCCGCUCCCGUGAGCGGCCAGCAGUCCCUCGCGUCUGCAGCCUCAGCCACGCCCAACAAUGGCGGCAACACAGCUUCCUCCCCGCGCCACAACACCAAGGGUGGUCGCCGCGAUGGCGGUGGCGGCCCCAGCAGUAGCAGUAGUGGUACCGGCGCCGUCAAUACAUCGCAGGCUGCACAACCGGGGUCUCUCGUAGCAGGGACUACCGAGGAGAAGCAGAAUGUCGUCGAACAGGAAAAGAAAUCCGUCGCUCAGCGGUUUUGGAAGAAUUUCAAGGCUGUCUUGUUUAAUUCCAAGGUCAAUGUUCUGUUGGUGUUUGUGCCCAUCGGUAUCGCUGUUGCCCAGAUCCACAGCUUGCCCCCUGGCGUCAUCUUCGCCAUGAACGCCAUCGCUAUCGUCCCUCUUGCCGGUCUGCUGAGCUAUGCCACCGAGUCGGUGGCCCAUCGUCUUGGUGACUCGCUCGGUGCCUUGCUGAAUGUGACGUUUGGUAAUGCCGUGGAGUUGAUUAUCUUCAUCGCGCUUGUCAAGGAUCAGAUUCGCAUCGUCCAAGCCUCUCUUCUUGGCUCUAUUUUGGCCAACCUGCUGUUGAUCUUGGGCAUGUCAUUCUUCCUCGGAGGCCUGCGCUUCCGUGAGCAGAUCUACAACAGCACUGUUACCCAGAUGAGCGCCUGUCUCCUGAGUCUGAGCGUCAUCAGUCUUGUCCUCCCUACCGCGUUUCACGCCUCGUUCAGUGACGACAAGCUGGCCGAUGAACAGUCGCUCAAAGUCAGCCGCGGCACUAGUGUGAUCCUUUUGCUGGUGUACAUUGUUUACCUGCUGUUCCAGCUGAUCUCGCACUCGUACCUCUACGAAUCGACACCCCAACACAUCAUCGAUGAAGAAGCUACGCCCGGCCCGGCAGCCAACUGGCUGGACUCGUCUAGUUCGGACAGCAGCUCGUCGAGCGAUACGGACUCGUCAGACUCGGAUCACUCCCGGAACACGGUGUCGAGGCGGAUGAGACGGGUUAUGCGUCGCCGGAGGUCUAGCGUGGUGUCCACUGAGACUGGCGAGGUUAGCAACCCGUCCCCUCGGACUCUCUCUGGCGACAAUCCUUUAGAGGGGUCGUCUGCCAACCCGGACGCGACUGGACAGAAAUCGAGCGCCGGUGCAAGCGAGGAAGGGGACGAUGAGAAGGGACAUCGGCAUGGUAAGCGCCACCGCCACCGCCUACCGAAACGCAAGCACCGCAAGCACAACAAGCGCCGCUCGAACACGGCCGAGUCCGAUGCGGUCGGCGAAACCAUUGUGGAAAACAACGAGGCCGAGGUCGCGAGCCCUGACACCCGGCGAGUCGACUUUGCUCCCGAGGUGAUGAACCACGAGGAGUCUUUGGCCGCCAAUGGCGAGCCACGGACCCGAAGCCCUUUCCAGGGUCUCCGCAGCAUGUCUUUCCGGCCCGUCGUCAGCAGCCUUGCGCCGUCCGUCUUCACACAGCCGCCGGAUGUGAACAACACCCCGGCUGCCCCUGCUGGCCCCGUCCCUCGCGUGCGAUACGGGAUCCGCAGGACCAACUCGCUGCCGGACCGCCUAAGCCAGUACUACCGGCCGCCUGGUGCAAUGAUGCCCUCGCAAAUCCCGCUUGCCCACCCCCCGAUGCUCACCGCUACGGAGGAGCCGCAUUCGGAGCAAAUGUCUCGCACGGCCGCCGUCAUUCUCCUGCUCGUUUCCACCGCCCUGGUCGCCGUCUGCGCCGAGUUCAUGGUCGACUCGAUCAACGGACUAGUCGAGACAAGCCAUAUCAACGAAAUCUUUAUCGGUCUCAUCAUCCUGCCCAUUGUGGGCAACGCUGCCGAGCACGUCACAGCCAUCACUGUGGCCAUGAAGAACAAGAUGGAUCUCGCCAUUGGCGUGGCCGUGGGUAGUUCGAUCCAGAUUGCGCUCUUUAUCACGCCGCUGGUGGUCAUUAUCGGCUGGGGCAUGGACCGCAACAUGACGCUCUACUUUACGCUGUUCGAGACGGUCUGUCUGUUUGUAUCGGCGUUUAUGACCAACUUUUUGGUGUUGGACGGGCGGAGUAAUUACCUUGAGGGCGCGCUGCUAAUGUCGACGUAUGUCAUUAUCGGCGUGGUCGCGUUCUUUUACCCGGACCCUAGGGAUGCAUCAACUUGGGGUGCCUAA